AUGAGAGAGGCUUAUGACAUCACGACGUUAGCUACUUUGUACAUAACAACACAUUUUUGGUACUUCCAGACAACAGGAGGAUGUGAGGCACUAAUGAUGCUUGGUACAACAACAGUCCUUCUGUAUGUUAUCACAAACUACCUAAAAUCAGGAAUAUCCAAAGCUCAAAAUUUAUCCCUUCAUAAAUGGAUUUAUUUGUCAGCACACGCGAAGGGCGAAGAGGAAAUUAUGCUUUUCCAAGUUGCAGAAACUGGAGUGAAAGACACACCAUGCGUAGCAGAGCAACAGAAAAUACACGAGAGCAAUGGAGGCGGAGACGAGACGUAUGUGGCAAUGCUAGGUAACGAUUUCCCUCCUGGUCCCACCAAAAGCAAUCAAAGAAAGCGAAGACGUGCCCGUAUGAAAGCCAUAGAGAAGGACAUUCUGGAAGCUGCUGAGGGAUGGAUUGCUUGUUAG